AGAAGAGGAAUAAGAAAGUUUAGAAUCAGAAUUAAAAAAGAAAUCCUGUAGAUUUGACCGGAAAGACAUGCAAGGCGAUGAAGCUAGAGAGUUGCUAGGAUUAUCAUCCACUUCUCAUCCGACCCCAUCUCAGGUCAAAGCAGCCUAUAAAAGAAAAGCAUGGGAAUCUCACCCUGACCGUUUUCCUGCAAAUGAAAAGCUCAGCGCAGAGACUAAGUUUAAAUUGAUUUCGGAAGCGUACUCAUGUCUAAAAUUAGGUAUAGGACAAAGGGGAACAAACUCAGGUAUAGGACAAAGGGGAACAAACUCAGCAGCAUAUGCGCGGGUUGUCAGAACAGGUUCUCCAAACGUUCAUCAAAGAAGCAAAAGUCAAACGUUCUUGGUUAAAGCCCCUUUUUUUCUUCUUAUUAUUGGAACAGUUGCACUUGGGGGUAUGAGUGCUGCAAGGGCUUAUAAACGGCAGGAGAAGGAAACCCCAUCUUACAAUCCUUUCCUUCCAUGAUGGCAUGCUGGAUUUUUUUAUGUUUAUAGCUUGUAUUUGUCUUAAUUAGCUAGGGAUCAUCCGCUUGAAACUCUAUAUGAUGAUGAUCAUGUCAGUAAUGUUCUAAUAGUGUUAUAACUAGGUUAAAAUGUUUGAUGCUUUCCAUCCUAUAUUUCGAUAAAAACUAGCGGGGUAUUUUGCAUUACCUCCCCUCGCAAGAUUGUUAAUUUGCAUUA